AUGUUUCCCUCCUCGGGACUGACGCUGCAGGUGAAAUAUCCGGAAGAAAAGCGGGAUGGUCGCCCCGAUCCUCAGAAGGAGAGGGACAAGAACAUAUGUUUUCUUUGGCGGUGUUACCUUCGUUUCAUUUCUGUCGGCUCACUCCCUUUAUCGUUGUUUCAUUUCUUCCCUCUCGUCCGUGCUUUAACCUUCGACACACUCGGUCUCAUCAAAGUUCUCGAAUCCCGCGAAAAACAAGGAGGUCUCAAAGUCGUUGAGAGAUGGGUGAAUCUGAUGCUUCCAUUUAUUAGCUGUAGCAAGGAAGAAUGGCCACGUACACUACUUUUAGGUUUUAUGGUUGGCCUUAAAACGGGUUUUGUUUUUUAUAUGUGUUAUUAA